AGGGUGUGUGGUAAUGUCCGAAGCAGCACAAAUGAUGUUUUCAUAGGUGGCGCUGUAUUCCAUGCUUAGCUGAGUCACAUUUACGAGUAUUUUAUGCGAGUAUUACUUAAAUAAGAAAGGACACAGAAUGAUGUCAGAUAGUUCUGGCGGUGCCGGCCUAACAGAUGAUGGGCUAGAUAGCCUUAUUGAUGCCAUGUCAAAAAUGAAAAAACCAGAAGAACUAGAAGGAAAAUCAUUCGAACAGCAACUAGAGGAGUUAGAAAAUCACCCUGCUUUUAUGAAGGAAUGGGACCCUAGUAAACCUAUGACCGAGGACAUGGAGGGUCUGAUGAGGCUUAAAUAUGAAUGUGAUGAUCCUACAGGAAGAGCAGAAGCAUAUAAAGAUGAUGGUAACCAUGAGUUUCAGAAGAAGAAAUAUCAUAUUGCUGUAGAUAAUUACACAGAGGGCAUCAAGUGCAAAUGUUCAGACAAGAAACUUAAUGCUGUGUUAUACACAAACAGGGCAGCAGCUAACUAUCAUCUAGAAAAUUACAGAACGGCAUUAAAUGACUGUAUUUUUGCUCGAAAAUUUAAACCAGAUCACUACAAGGCAAUUCACAGAGGUGCUAUGUGUAACUUACAGAUGAAGAAAUAUGAGGACUGUUUCAAAUGGUGUGAUGAGGCUCUUACUUUUGACCCAAAGGAUGCAAAAAUACUAGAAACCAGACAAAAGGCAGCUAAGCUCCAGAAAAUUAUUGAAAGAGAUAAAAGAAAAGAAAAAGCAGUGGAGAAGAAAGAGUUAUCUAAAGAUUUGCAACUGAUUCAAGCAAUACAGGUACUUU